UUAAGAUCAGAGCAAACUAAAGAACUCUGUGAUAUCACAGGGUAAAGAGGUUGGGGCAUUUCUAUUUGAACAAAGGUCAAGAGGGAGGGGAACAAGGAUAUUUUUCCUAACAUGGUCACGCUCGAUGCACACCUGCACAAGGACAACAUCAGGACAAUGCCGUGCGGCCAGUGACGUCAUUAUGUUCUUCUCCAGCGUUAAGCGUGCUUCUUCUGGAGCGUUCCUAGUGCUCUGUGUCUUCGGUUUUGUGACGUCACCAACCUGCCCCAGCAACUGCGUCUGUGCAGUUUCUGGUCAUGUGACAUGUCAGCCAAAGAUGACGUCAUUUCCGCUAGGUCUGCCAUCAAGUACCAUUGGUAUAAACCUGCAAGGCACCUUCGGUAACAAGAACUCUAUAGCAACAUUGACACACUCAGAUUUGUCAGUGUUCUCGAAAAUUGAGAAUUUCUACGUUUCGUAUAGUGAGGUGUCAAAGUUAGAUGAUGAUCUGUUUCAAGGACUGACCGAAAUAAAACGCAUUGCACUGAAACAUAAUAAAAUCUCCCAGAUAAACUCUAAGAUCUUCCAUGGAUUAAAUGGUGUUUUUCUGGUGGAUCUGACUGGAAACACGGGAUGUAAGAUCGCCGAUAACGCUUUUGCUUCUUUGAACAACCUGCAAGAUCUUAUUCUGGGCGACCUUAGCAUUGGGCGUGCGUCCGCUGCUAUGUUCAAUGGGUUAACACGUCUCAGACAGCUUGAUCUCCACGGAAAUAAUCUUGAAAAGGUGUCUGUGCAAACAUUUCAACAAUUGUCAAGCCUUAAGAUAUUAGACCUGUCCGGCAAUAGAUUAGCAACUAUUCCAGAUUCAUUCGAGGCAGUCUUUCAGAAACUGAAAAUCAUCCAGCUUUUAGACAACCCCUGGAGAUGCACGUGUGACAUUCAAUGGCUGAAGCACCUCAACCAGAGUAUUAUGUAUUCGGUGUAUUCUGGCAGUGUUCCUGCUUGUGCUUCCCCAACUCUACUGAAAUACCACACAAUUUACCAUACUGCAGAUAAGGACUUCACUUGUAUUCCACCCAAAAUCCUUCAGUGUGGCGAUCCCUAUACCGUGAAACAGGGGGAUAUGCUACACAUUACCUGUCAAAUUGAAGGUGAUCUAUUCCCAAAUGUGACCUGGGUGAAACCCGACGGGACCAUGAUCUCAGCUCCGAGUGUUUCCAUCUCCGACCCCCGGUACAAGACAAGAAGGGAUGUCAACACUGAUCUGACUGCUCUCGCUACUGAUGAUGGAGUAUGGACAGUUCAAGCUGCUAACGAUAAAGCAAAGGACGAGAGAACAUUCCGCGUUCAUGUUCAAAUUCCAUCAACCACGUCUACGACUACAACUACAACGUCUCCAGUGGAGUCUGCUGACGGUCUAGACGCUGGGUUCCUGGUGGCGGUUGGCGGGUUCGGUGGUACGGUGCUCCUGGGUUUGAUUAUAUUCGCCAGCGUGUUGUGCUGCAGUCAGGCUAAGAAGGGUCAGGUUGCCCCAGAGGAAUCCACUGAAUGGGGGCAGAGGGAACACUUUGACAAAAUUACAUUUGUUGUUGCACCAUUGACUAAAUGAUGUGAUACUGUGACUGAGGAUAGGUGGCAUCUCCAGUAAGACUGGUAAUUCUGCAAGACUAAACCUGGAUCAUUACCGUGAAACAAGAAGACAAUGGUGGCCCGGUGGUUUAAAUCAGAGGUAGUCCCAUGGUCGUACCAGGAUCACUUGUCAUGGGUUCAAAUCUCAGAUUCCCCUCUGUCAAUGAUGGUUGGUUUUUCAGCACCACGGUUUCAACUGAAGUGGUAUUCGUCUACAUUCCAUAUUAAGCUGACAUGCUGCGUUACAAUUGAAAUAGUGUUAAAAGCGGCGUAAACACAACCAACACAGCCAAUGGGCUCGAGCCGUAAUGUAUGAUUUGUUAACACAGGACAUGGUUGUAUGAAAUUAACGAUUCAAUAUUUUCAAAUUUUUGUUUAAUCCUUUAAGGCUGAGAAAAUAGCAUGCAUAAUGUUUUAACUAUAAAGGAUGAUCAUGCUGAAAUAAUUAGAAAACCCCUUGAAAGAGAAAAACUAAAUAAAACACAAAAAAACA